AUGGUUUUGAUCGAGGAAGUGAAUACCAUAUCAUCAAAGUUAAAACAACAGUCAAGAUAUCAUGGUAGUAAAGAAUCUUUACUAUCUAAAGUUGAUUCGAUUGUAUGCUUAUCUUUCCUCAAUGUAAUGAAUAUUAUCUCCUUGGCUGUGCCAAUUACUAUGUUAACUAUCGGCAUUGUAAAGCGUGAUAAAUGUCCCAUGGAACCAAGAAUUCCACUUUUCUUGAUCGUGACAAGUGCUGCAAGCAUAGUUUGGAUGACUGCUACUCUGGUUUUGAAUUUCAUUAAAUUAUGUUGUGUAGCACUUUUGUCAAAUUCAAUUAAAACAAAAGUAUAUAUUAUACUGGGAAUUAUAAUAUUCUUGUUCUGUUCACUCACUAUGUGUUGGAUGAUCGUGGGUUGUGUAUGGGUAUUUCCAAAAAAGUCUUCUGUUCAAUUUACUGAUUCAACAGCGUUGUCAACCUAUUGUGAUCCAUUACUCUAUAAUUUUUCAUUUAUUAUAUUAAUCCUUCAAUUGGUGGGCUUUUUGUUGCCCUAUCCACCAACCCAAAAACAAUCGGAAACCCUGGACAGAAUAUCACCAAAAGACUUUGAAUAUUGA